UUGGUCAUGAAACUGAAAAGUGGUCGGUCUUUAGACGAUAUCUGGAGUUCUACGUGCUGGAAUCUAAACUCACUGAGUUCCACGGCACGUUUGCAGACACACAGCUUCCUUCCAAAAGACUUAUUGGACCUAAGAACUACGAGUUCCUCGUUUCAAAACGGGAAGAGUUCGAGGAGUAUUUACAGAGACUCCUGCAGCACCCAGAGCUCAGUAACAGUCAGCUGCUGGCCGACUUCCUGUCUCCACACAGCGUGGAGUCUCAGUUCUUGGACAGGAUGCUGCCGGAUGUUAACCUCGGGAAGAUUUUCAAGUCGGUCCCAGGAAAGCUGAUGAAAGAGAAAGGACAGAACCUGGAGCCCUUCAUCCAGUCCUUCUUCAACUCCUGCGAGUCGCCCAAACCCAAACCCAGCCGGCCCGAGCUGACCAUCCUCAGCCCGACCACAGAGAACAACAAGAAGCUCUUCACCGACCUGUUCAAGAACAACGCCAACCUGACGGAGAUUUCAGACCGGAGACACAACCUCAACUGCUUCAUGGAGAAGGUCUCCGUUAACGGCAUGUACGACUGCAUGAUGUAUGUCGGUCGGGUGGUGUUUCACACGUCGGACUGGCUGCACCACGUCCUGGCUGCGGGGAGGAUCCUGUUCAAGAACACGUUUGAAGCCUACAUGGAUCAGUACAUGCAGUCCAAGCUGGAGCACGUCCUGCAGGAGCACCACAUGGUGUCCCUCAUCACACAGCUGAGAGACGCCGUCUUCUGUGAGAGCAGCGUCGAGCGAACCACAGAGGACAAAAAGAUCCGAGCCAAGCAGACGUUUGAGGAGAUGAUGAAAUAUUUACCAGACUUUGUGGUGAAGUGCAUCGGCGAGGAGGUGAAAUAUGAAGGCAUCCGCCUGCUCUUUGACGGCAUCCAGCAGCCGCUCCUCAACAAGCAGAUGACGUACGUCCUGCUGGAUAUCGCAGUGCAGGAGCUUUUCCCCGAACUCACCAAGGGCGUGAAGGAAGCCAUCGUGGUGUGAAUCGCUCGACAAACUCAACACUGAUCUCCUCUUUUCCUGGAUCGCAGACGUGCAAUAAUAACCUCAAAUGUUUCCAAACCCCCUCUGGGAUCUUCUCCACAUUCCUAUGUACAUUCAUGCACUAAUAAUAAAAAGAUAUAUUUAUUAAGGUCACUACGAAGAA